AUGGUUAUACUUAUUGAUAUAUGGACUAGAGAUAUGAAAAGAGAAGUCUACCUGUUCAAGGGAAGUAUUGUAUGGAAUAUGGUACCAAGGGAGCUAUCUAUUGAUCAUGGAUUUCAUCUAAGAGAGGAGCCACUGGCAAUAGACCAAGCUUCAAAAGCCUGGAAUGAGAGAGAAAAUGCUUCACAAAUCAACCUGGGAAAUCAAGAAAGAAAGGAGAGCAUGAUUUUCCUUAUCACAAAUGAAGUUGUAAAUCUGAUGAUGGGUGUGAUUCACACGAAAGGCUUAGACUGGUCUCAAUUAAGGUGGAUACAACAAAGGUUUUCAAAGCAUAAUGUCAAAAAGGAUGUCGUAAUAUUGUUCUGUAACAUCAUUAAACAUCUCUUCAUCAAAGAUUGUGUGGAGAACAAAAAUAUUACAUUAAAGCAUAUGGCCGCCGAUCUAGAGAUUACUGAUAUUUUAACCCAGAACCCUGAACCUGCUGCUGUACCCAAGGAAGACAUCAUAGGAAAGCCCACUAAUGAUAAUGAUGUCCACAUUACUGAUAAUGAUGCUCACACUCUUGAAGGUGAUGUCACAAAGGAUGUCAAUGACAUUGGGAAUAUUUAUACUGAUGCUGGUAUAGGUACUGCUACAAAAACAAUCUCACAUGUUAUGGAUCUUGAUGACCUUUCUGAUAAUGAUCUGGUAGCUGCUAUGAACCCUGGCUUAACCAAGAGGCUUAUGACUAGGAGGAAAGGUAAGGCUGUUGUACAAAGUUCUCCGAAGAGAAAGGUCGCUCCUAGAAGUCCCUCUGCUGACUUUAUCAAGAAGAAAAGUACCUCUACAGGUCCCAUAAAGAGCAGAGCUGUGUCUCAGAGUGUUUCUGUUAGUCCAACCAAAUCUUGGAACAAAGUUAUUCCCAGGAAAAGGAAGGCUCAAGCUAUAGUUGACUCUGACCCUGAUGUUGAUAUUGAUGCUCAAGACAUUCCACUAAGGAAGAAACCAACAACUAGCAAGCUGGCUGCUAGUGUUCCUGAGGUACCCAUUGAUAAUAUACCUUUUCAUUAUCCUUCCAAUGACAAUAGGUGGAAAUAUGUUUACCACAAGAGGUUAGUUUUGGAAAGGGAGUUGGCUAAGAAUGUCCUUGAGAAUAAAGAAAUCAUGGACCUGAUUCAUGAAGCAGGACUAUUGAAAAUUGUUGUUCAUUUUCCUACGUGUUAUGAAAUGUUAGUUAAAGAGUUCAUUGUGAAUCUAUCAGAAAACUGUGCUGAUAUAAAAUCAAAGGAUUUUAGAAAAGUAUAUGUCAGAGGAAAAUGUGUUACCUUCUCCUCCACUGUUAUCAACAACUUUCUUGGAAGAUCUAAUGAAGCUCAACCUGAGCUGGAAGUGACUGAAAACAAAAUAUGUGAGGUUAUCAUGGCUAAGCAGGUGAAAGCCUGGCCCCUGAAAGAAAAACUUACUGCAAGCAAGCUCAGCAUAAAAUAUGCAAUGCUACACAAGAUUGGAGCUGCUAACUGGGUGCCCACAAACCACAAGUCAACUGUUGCUACUGUGCUGGGAAAGUUUAUAUAUGUUGUUGGAACCAAAACCAAGUUUGACUACGGUACUUACAUAUUUGAUCAGACAAUGAAGCAUACCAGGAGUUAUAGUGUGAAGGGUCCUAUUGCCUUCCCAUCUAUCAUAUGUGGUAUAAUUGUGAAUCAGUAUCCUAAUAUCCUAAGUGAAAAUGAUGUUGUUUGCAAGAGAGAAAGUGCUUUAUCAUUCCACUACAAACUGUUUCAAGGAACACAUGGUUCUGACAUUGUCACAACAUUAGAUGGAACAUCCAAAGACAACACAACUAAAAGUAAGGCUGCCGUGAUUGAAAUGCUCGGGGAAACAUGUAAGGAGCUAGAGUCCAGAAAACUGGGUCUUGAAAAUUGA